AUGGCAGACGUCGACACAGAAUCACCAGCACAGCGAGCAGCUCGUCUGCGUCGCGAGAAGCGUAAUGCAAAGAUCCAGACUGAGGGCUCGGACAGACUGGCGCGAAUCACGCAACUGAGUGGAAGACCUGCUCCUGCACCUGAAGAGCCAUCCAUGACACAGACACCUACCAAACCAGCACAAGCUACGUCUACCAUGACACCGCAACACGCAUCUAUUGAAGACCCGGACGAAGUCGACAUCUCAGAGCACUACUGGACUCCCACACCCUCCGAGCAGAGCCAGCUCGCUCGUCUACAGCAUCAACAGCAGCAAUCGCCCUUUCCGCGACCAGGCGGCCAGCAAGAUGAAGACCCAAUGCUCAAGAUGAUGCAGUCACUGCUCAGUGGAGACCCAUCAGCAGCUGGAGGCAUCCCAGACUCAGCAAUGGACGACCUUCCUCCCAUGCUCAAAGCCAUGAUGCAAGGACAACGCACAACUCAGCAGCAAGCCUCCUCGCCCACGGGCACAACCUACCUCUGGCGCGUCGUCCACGCCGUCUUUGCUCUGGCCCUCGGCAUCUACAUUGCAGCAAGCGGCACCUUCCACGGCAGCAAAAUGUCUCGCAACACGGUGCUUGAAGGGUCAGACUUUGGCCCUAGACUUUUCUACAUGUUCGCGACCGCAGAAGUUGUGCUGCAGUCGAGCAGAUACUACAUGGAAAAGGGAAGACUGCAGGGAAGUGGAUGGUUGGCUACUAUUGCAAACUCGGGGUUGGUACCGCAGCCUUACUCACACUACAUCAGUAUGGCUGGUAGAUAUGCUGUGAUUUGGCAGACUGUCGUUGCCGAUGCCAUGGUCGUGGUCUUUGUGCUGGGUUGUCUUGCCUGGUGGAAUGGUACGGCUGCUGCAUAG